UUUUGCAGUGGGAGGGAAGCCAGCAGGGUUUGUGUGGAGCGAAGACGGACUCCGUCCUCCUACCAGCCGUGGCCCCUCUCCUCGUCCUCCAACUCACCGCAGGUUCCCCUGAGCGUGCCCCACCACCAACUCCAGAAUCGGACAGAGCGCCAGGGACCUCGCCGAUCUGUAACUAUUAUGGCUGGUAGCACCACCACCAAGACCGUGUACGACAUCUUCCGAAGCAUGGAGUGCGGACCAGCAGCGACCCCCAGCUCUGCCACUGCACAGGCCUGGCUGGAUCAUCAUUCUCGCUCUCUGGGUCUGUUCAUCGAUGGCAAGUCUGUCUGUCCAGCAGACAGACAGACUCGCUGCCUGGCUGACUCUAAAGGUGCUAACGUGUGCAGCACUCUGUGCGCUGCUGAGGACGAUGUUUCCCAGUGUGCCUCCUCGGCCGUUAACGGCUACAAGGCCUGGAGCGGGAUGACGUGCUACAACAGGGCCAAGGUUCUUCUCAGGCUGGUGAGUGUUCUCGGGCAGCAUACCAAGUGUGUGUCAGAGCUGUGCGAUCUGUGCGAGGCCUCCUGUUCCCCCUCCACCCUGGUCAGACUGCUGCAGUACUACAGCAGCUGGGCUCAGCUCAGGGACACGCUCAUCACCGACUGGACACCACUGGGUGUGGUGGCUGUAGUCGUCUCUGAUGACUGCUCUCUUUAUUCCCUUAUGCUCAAAGUCCUGCCAUCUCUGGCCAUGGGAAACUCCAUCAUCAUCGUCCCCGGUCGCAGCACCGCCCCUCCAGCGCUCCUAUUGGCACAGCUUUUUAUGGGUGCAGGACUUCCCGCCGGGGCGCUUAAUGUUCUAACAGGAAGUGACAUGUCCCUGGGUGCCAGAGUGGCCCAGAACCCUGGCAUCAGCUGCGUCGCCUACUGUGGCAACAAGCAGGAUGCAGUAACGCUUUGCCAGGCCACAGCAGGGAUGGGCGUAUCCGUUUCUGUCUUCCCCUGCAUCGGUGCCACAUGUCCCUUCAUCAUUUUCGAGUCGGCCGACAUUGACAGCGCUGUGGACGGAGUGAUCGAGACGGCUUUCAAGAAAAAGAAAGAGGUCAACUGGGUGCUGUGCGUGCAAGAGAGCGUGCUGGACAGUGUCGUGGCCCGUCUCAGGCUGCGCGUGGCGGGGAUGAAGUGUGUCGGCCUGCCCAGUGAAGCAGACAGGGUGCUGGUGGACGCCGCAGUGCAGGAGGCUCAGCAGCAGGGGGCCAAGUUGGUUCAGUCCUGCGCUGCCCCUCCUUCAGGUGCCCUUUACCCUCCCACGGUGAUCUGUGGAGCCGUCCCCUCCUCUCCGUUUGUGGUCAGCCCUUCUCCGGGACCGCUGCUGCCUCUCAUGACCUUCCGAAGCAACACCGAAGCUGUGACCCUGGGGAAUCACAGUCCUCAUGGCCUGGCAGCCUCAGUCUGGACUGAAGACCUCACGCUGGCUCUGGAGACGGCCAAGAGUCUGUCAGUUGGCUCCGUGUGGGUAAAUUCCCACUCUGUGUCGGACCCUUGUCUGCCCGUCUCUGGUCACAAAGACAGUGGCACCUGCACUGAUGGAGGACAGGAGGGUUUGUACCAGUUUCUACGCCCGUCCCGUUCUUCCUCUCCUCCUCUUCCUCGCUCCUCCCCUGUCUCUAUGGACUACACAAAGUUUGGGACAGCAGCCUCCCCAGCUAUCAUUCCUGAUGACUCGGACCCUGCCAGUGCUCCUAAGUCCUACCAGCAGUUCGUGGGGGGCAAGGCGUGCAAGUCAGAGUCCGGCUGCAGUAUGGCUGUGCAGCCACCAGGAGGCGGCAGUGUGUUAGCCUACUGUCCAGAUGGAGGGCGGAAAGAUGUCCGAAAUGCUGUGGAGGCAGCGACCAAAGUCCAGCCCGGCUGGAUGAAGAAAAGUCCGUCUGCACGCGCUCAGUCUCUCCUCUCUCUGGCCAAGGGCCUGGAGUCAAAGAGGCGGGACAUAGCCGUGUCAAUCAGCAUCCAGGCCGGUCUGUCGGUGGAGGAAGCGGAGAAGGAGGUGGACCUCAGCCUCGCGAGGCUCAGCGAUUGGGCCGCUUACUGUGACAAAAUCCGUGGAGGAACUCUGCCUAUGCCUCAGUCUGGUUCUGCGUUCUCCAUCCCUGAAGCCCUGGGAGUCGUGGGCCUCGUCCUACCAGACAAGAAUCCCCUCCUCUCGAUGGUAACCCUUCUCGGGGCGGCCAUAGCCACUGGCAACGCUGUCAUCAUGGUGCCCAGUCAGAAGUAUCCACUGGCAGCCUUGGCAUUCAUCCAGGUAAUCCAGGCGUCAGACCUGCCAGCAGGUUUGGUAAAUGUCAUUUCAGGAAGUAGGAACCAGCUUACAGUGGCUCUGGCGAAUCACAGUGUCAUCAAGGCCAUCUGGUACUGGGGUAGUGCUGAGGGCUGUCAGUACCUCCAGCACACCAGCCCUCUGAAGACCCUGCGCCUGUUCCGCCAAAAGGAGGAGGAAGACGGUGGGAAGGAUUGGACUCAUCCCUCGCUCCUGGAAGAGAUGUGGAGAAACGCCGUGCAGUGGAAGAGUGUUUGGAUUCCCACUGCAUAAAAAGACAGAGGGAGGGAGAAUGAUAGAUGAAGGUGAUAAAAAUAUAGAGGAAGGAAGUGUUCCAGAUAUCCACUGAUUUGAACUUUGACCCGUAGGAUGUUGAUUGGAAAAGGCAGGAUCAGAUUCUAACCGUGAAAAUCACAAGAUGCCUAUAAAAAUGAAAAGUGAACAGACAACAAAUACACUCAGUGACUGUUCAUUAAGCAAAACCCUCCUUAGUUACUGUUACUACACCAAUAGAUCUUUCAUCCCUCAGCUGAAGCGAUGUCACUUUAUUAACAUGGUUAGAGUAACGGCUUCAUAGUGAGGGACACAUGCAGAUGCACGAACAUGAAUGUGCACCUGGACUGGCUACCAGAACAAAUAACAGAGAAGCUUGGAUCACAACACAGUGUGGCUUCCAUUACUCCACUGUAUCAUCACAACAGGGAUUUAUUUAGCAGGUUAUGGGUGAGUGAGCAGAAUUCGAUAGAUAUAUUAGUUAUAAAAACAUAUUUAAUUUUGGGGUUAUACAGAGACAGGUAGACAGAGUCUCAGCCUGGGUUGAACUUUUGAUUAAAAUUCAUAAAGCACUUAAAACAGACAGGAGAUUUUGAAGGAAUACUAGAAAUAUAUAUAAAUAUACUUUGUUGAAGGUCACAUGUUAUCAGCAUUGCUGAUACAGUACAGUAUAAGACGAUUGUUUUUUGGGGUUGUCAACAAGAUAUAAAAAAAAGUGUCACUGAUACAAAGAAUUUCAAAUAGUAUAAGGAAUGUUCUCAUUAUUCAGUCUUCCACUGUGAUAAAAAAAAAUGCUUCAGCAAAAUUUUUCACAAUAAAAUAAUAUUCCAGUUUAUUUUGGGGUUUUUUAAGAGUGCAGGUAUGAAUGAAAGAUGACAAGGGCUACACAAAUACUAGCUAAAAAGGACCAAUUCCUCAUUUAUUUGCCUUACCUAAUGACUUGAUGUCUUUCUACCUCUAUCAUCUGCCAUUAUGCUUCUCUAAGAAGUAUCCUCACUCUAACGUCGCUGCAUUUUUCAGUGUCUAACUUGCAAUUUUAUCUGCGUUCUGUCAAUGAAUGAGCAACGAUCAAUCCAUCCUGUGAGAAGUCAAUACAAACACGCUAUUGUACUGUACUGCAUAUCUCUACUACUGUAGUGUAAUAUUGCUUUUAGCAAUAGAAGCACACUUACUAACUGGUGCAAACAUUCCCAUUAAAAUGUAGUUUGUUUCCAUGUCCGAGUUACCAUUUAAAAAGGUUUUUAACAUCUGAAUGUGUUUCUGCAGAAUGAUGCUGUGAGUCUCACUGUCUAAAAGCCAUAAUUAAAGGACAAUUACAUGAAUUUA